AUGCCGCCAAAUGAGACACUCUUUUUGGAGUCCACGACCCGGAUUCAGAAGGACUCGAUCCACUCUUUCAUGGACUUCCAAGUCUGGGAUUUCCCGGGUCAGCUGGAGUACUUUGAGUCCGCCUUCGACCUUGAGGAUAUAUUCGGCAGUCUGGGUGCCCUGGUUUGGGUGAUCGACGCACAGGAUGAUUACCUGGACUCGGUGGCGCGGCUCAACCGCACCAUAUUGACUGUCCAGCAGUUCUAUCCUGGAAUCAACAUCGAAGUCUUCAUUCAUAAAGUUGAUGGACUGUCAGACGAGUACCGCACCGACACGUUCCAGGACAUCGUGCAGCGCAUCUCCGACGAGCUGAGUGACGCUGGGUAUGAGAAUGCGCCCGUGCACUACUAUCUGACUUCAAUCUACGAUUACUCUGUCUUUGAAGCCUUCAGUAAAGUGAUUCAGAAGCUGAUCCCAAACUUAUCUACACUCGAGAACCUCAUCAACACGCUCGCCAACAACUGUGGGUUUGAAAAGACAUAUCUCUUCGAUGUUCUGAGUAAAAUUUAUAUCGCCUCCGACACGCGACCAGUUGACAUGGCUUGCUACGAGAUGUGCUCUGAUUAUAUCGAUGUGAUUGUCGAUAUCUCCGAGUUGUACUCUUGGGACCACCCAGUUCGCAAGCGAUUAGGCGACCAGAUCCAAGAAGCUGAAAGCCACGUGGUAUUGCAUGAUCAGACCAUGAUCCAUUUGAUGGAGAUGAACAAGUACCUCUGUCUAGUUUCGGUGAUUCGCAACCCCGAAGCCAAGGACAAGCGAGGUCUGAUUGACAUGAACUGCCGUACUUUCCAAGACGCCCUGAACGAAGUUUUCUCGCGCAGCUGGGAAGAAGGGUCUGCGGCCCAGGAAGGGCAAUCUGCAACUGCAAGCAAGUGA